UGCCAACGCAUCCUGCCUGCAGCAGGCCGCGCGGGCAAGUUGGCAAAAGCCCACCGCAAAUUUACACAAAAGCCCCUCUCCCGCCGCCUAUUUGUAUUUUCCUAGCCGCGCGCCUCGUCUAACCUCUUCCCUUUUCUUCCCCCCAGCCCAACCCGGCGGCUGCGGCUCUCCCUCUCGUCUCCGGAAGGUCGGAGGAAGCAUCCAAAACCCUCGCCGCUGCUGCUACCGGCGACGGAAUCGUUAUCAGGAGGGAGGAAGCCAUGGAGGGCUCCAACGGAGCCGGCGGGUCGGGGUGCGAGCGGAAGCCGCUGUCGGAGGUGGUGGGCGACUGCGUGCAGCGCUGGUUCCAGGACGCCUUCAAGGAGGCGCGCAAAGGGGACAUCGCCAACCAGGUGCUCGUCGCGCAGAUGUUCUUCUCCGGGUACGGGGUCCCCAAGAAUGAGUACAAGGUGCAGCAAUCUACCUUCUUUAACAAGAGAUUUGUUUCGGUUCAGCUUCCUUGUUUAGUCUGUCCUAGUGAGAUGGGGAUUCUAUUCAGCUUCCAUGCUUAGCUUAGAUUGUCCUUUUCCAUAGCGGUGGUUGGACUUUCCUGUUCCAAGGAUCUUAAGGUUGAGGGUCUCUUGGCUAUCCAACUGGGCUUGCUGGAUAAGGCAAGAUUCAGAUUUG